GAGGACCAGACUCUGGCUUUCUUUUCUUUGGCGCCCUCUAUCUGUGGGUGGUCAUAGGAAGCUCCCCACCAUUGGAGCAGAAUUGGAAGGUAGGGCCUCGGGGAGGGCGGGGGAGCCAAGUCACAUCCACGCUGUGCCUGCCUGCAUGUUAGCUAAUCAUGUCCUUUUGGGUUGGCUUCAUGGCUAUUUCUGUAUAGGAAGGUUUGCUCCUCUCCUGAAGUGUGGCUGCGUUGGAUAGCAUGACUAUCUAUCCACCCUCUCUGAUUCAUAACAGCAUACGGUGCAAAUCAAAUCGAAAUGCUAAAGUUUCCCAUUUAUUCGGUGUUGGUUAGCCAGGAGGCUACCAGCAACCCUGAAGGUAGCAACACCUUGUUAGGAGGUCAGCUCCCUUCCCAGGAUGUUGGAACCUUUAAACGAGGGUUUUCUUUCUAGAAUCUCCGAUCUGCUGCUCUGCAGAUGGACUUGCCGGCACUGCUGUCAGAAGUGCUAUGAAUCCAGCUGUUGCCAGUCGAGUGAGGAUGAAGUUGAAAUUCUGGGACCUUUCCCUGCCCAGACUCCUCCCUGGCUGUUGGCCAGCCGGAGCAGUGACAAGGACGGGGACUCUGUCCACACAGCCAGUGAAGUCCCGCUGACCCCACGGACCAACUCCCCAGAUCGGAGAUGCUCGUCCUCAGACACAUCUAAGUCUACGUACAGCCUGACCCGGCGGAUUUCAAGUCUAGAUUCCAGACGACCCAGCUCCCCACUCAUCGAUAUUAAACCCAUCGAGUUUGGCGUUCUCAGCGCCAAGAAGGAGCCCAUCCAGCCCUCGGUGCUCAGACGGACCUAUACCCCGGAUGACUAUUUCAGAAAGUUCGAGCCCCGCCUGUACUCCCUCGGCUCCAACAGCGACGACGUGGACUUUCUGACGGACGCAGAGAUCCUGUCCAAGUACCAGCUGGGCAUGCUGCACUUCAGCACCCAGUACGACCUGCUGCACAACCACCUGACGGUGCGCGUGAUCGAGGCCAGGGACCUGCCACCUCCCAUCUCCCACGACGGCGCGCGCCAGGACAUGGCGCACUCCAACCCCUACGUCAAGAUCUGCCUCCUGCCGGACCAGAAGAACUCCAAGCAGACGGGGGUCAAACGCAAGACCCAGAAGCCCGUGUUCGAGGAGCGCUACACCUUCGAGAUCCCGUUCCUGGAGGCGCAGAGGAGGACCCUGCUUCUGACUGUGCUGGACUUUGAUAAGUUCUCACGCCACUGUGUCAUCGGCAAGGUGGCCAUGCCUUUGUGCGAGGUCGACUUGGUGAAGGGCGGACACUGGUGGAAGGCGCUGAUUCCCAGUUCUCAGAAUGAGGUAGAACUGGGGGAGCUGCUUCUGUCACUGAAUUAUCUCCCGAGUGCUGGGAGACUGAACGUUGAUGUCAUUCGAGCCAAGCAACUUCUUCAGACAGAUGUGAGCCAAGGUUCAGAUCCCUUUGUGAAAAUCCAGCUGGUACAUGGACUCAAGCUUGUGAAAACAAAGAAGACAUCCUUCUUAAGAGGCACAAUUGAUCCUUUCUACAAUGAAUCCUUCAGCUUCAAAGUUCCUCAAGAAGAACUGGAAAAUGCUAGCCUAGUGUUUACAGUGUUCGGCCACAACAUGAAGAGCAGCAACGACUUCAUCGGGAGGAUCGUCAUCGGCCAGUACUCUUCGGGCCCCUCAGAAUCCAACCACUGGCGGCGGAUGCUCAGUGCCCACCGCACGGCCGCGGAGCAGUGGCACAGCCUGCGGUCCCGGGCCGAGUGUGACCGUGUGUCCCCUGCGUCGCUGGAGGUGACCUGAGUGCUGCGGGGAAGGCAGCUUUCAUCUGUGAAAAAAGGAAGAAAACUUAGGACAAAAAAUAUGCCAUAUAUGUAUACUAUUACAUCCACACCUGCACACGCACCCAUCACCACACACACACACACACACACACACACACACACACACAACUCCUCUCAGAACUGAAAGGAAGCUGACCAUUGAUCACAAACUGGCCGCCCUCAAGGAGCGAGGCCUGAGAACUUUCCAGAAGUCCCGUCCGUAGGUCAUGAGCUGAGUGGGCUCUGCUCUGAGACUUAUGGGCAGUGCUUGCUCUUGUGGAUUCCCCUGCCCCAAAAUGCACUUUCAACCUCAGGCCAGAGAAAGGGCCUCCCCAAAGGUGCCAACCUCCAUGGAGACAAAAUUUUCCAAGAGUUUGGCCAGCGUUGGGAGGCCUGACCCCCAUGCCCAAAAUGCACACCCACUGGGUGACUUCUGAAUGGGCUGCCGUUCCUAGGGGGUUCUUCACACCUGGUACCUUUCCCCAAAAGUGUAAGUACUCUGUCUUCUCUUUAGUGGAUGUGAUAAAUAGAUUAGACUAUUUGGAGAAACCAAAUGGCAACAAAAAAUAUUCCAGUGUAAGAAGGCUCUCCUGGCUUAAUUGAACUCGUCCUUGUGUUAGCUUCUUUCUGGGGACUCCCUGUGCGUAUGUAUGUGGAUGUUCUGGUGUGUGUGCCCUCAGGUGAGCACGUGUGUGCGCCUGCGUGUCCCCUUAGUGAGCAAGGCGCUGGGCCGGGACCUCAGUCCUGAGUACUCCCUUCUCUCUGCCUCGCCCGUCAGUGAAGUUUCACCCAGCGUCCUCCCAUCUGUCAAGACCCCACCUUCAGUAAUAGCGUGAGUGUAAGUCAAGUAAAUAAAAUAUGAUAGAGCAGAAGUAACAUUUUUUGACCGAAUCAUGGCGAUUGUGACUCACAGAAGACCAGCAAAGGACAGUUGGAAUAAAAUGGCCACCACGGCUGCCGCAUCCCCCAUCCAAGACGAUACCCCUCCUUGUCACACCCUGAGGAUUGCCCUGUGUUUGUGUGUGAACCAAAGUCAUUUCUCUCGUGCUAAGAAAUUAGUGUAGUUAGAAUAGAUCUCUCUCUCUGUUGGAUGCUUCUGUAUCUUUUCCCACAGCAUAUUGUCUGGUAUAAUGGGGAGCUAUUUAUUGAAAUUAAAGAUUAUCUAUUUGUGCCAUGCA